AUGCAAAAAAGGAAAGGGCUGAGCUGUUCUAUAAUUUGUUCAAACUGUGACAGUAAAUGUGAUAACAUGCCUCAAAUUUUGGAAGGUAGUGAUGAAGACGAAGACAGUGAUACAAUUUUAGAACCACUGCUUAAUGAACUUAAUGCAGAAAGUACAGAGGAAUCUACUGCGGAUGCAGAAAGUACAGAAGAAUCUACUGCGCCAGUGAUCCCUCACGAUUCUGAAACGUUAUUGCUAUCAACUAGCAGAAACAUAAGCUGGUCCCUCAGGGUUACCAUUGCGAAACAAAAUAGUGUAAUGUUCACUUAG